AAGGGUGCCGCUGGUAUGGAGUAUGGAAGCGGCGGGGGCGGAGGCGGUGGGGGCCGUGGGGGUGUCCAACCACCCUCUGCAGGUGCGAGGGGUAUGGCGGGAACAGACACUACUGAUGCUGCAUGGCACAAACACGAACAAAUGAUCCUUAUGGAAUCCAGGCAUAAGCAACAACUAAGCGGAAGAACUGGUGCAGGUGGAGGUGGUGGUGGAGGCGGUGGUGCACCUCUUUACGGUCGUUUAGUAGCUGAGGAGCCAUUACCUCCCACAGUAUGUGGGGGUACCGGUACCGGUGGCGGUACUGGUGGGAUCCCACAAGAAACCCCCGCGGAUAUACACGCCAUGCAAGCUAGGAUACCCCAUAGGUUUCGUGAUCCAGCUACAGCACCUCUUAGGAAACUUAGUGUAGAUCUCAUCAAAACUUACAAGCACAUCAACGAGGUUUAUUAUGCUAAGAAAAAAAGGAGGGCGCAACAAAUGCAAGGAGAAGAUGGUUCCCAUAAAAAAGAAAGAAAAUUGUACAACGAUGGUUGGGAUGAUGAUAAUCAUGAUUAUAUUAUCAAGAAUGGGGAAAAGUUCCUCGAUCGUUAUGAGAUCGAUUCGCUAAUAGGUAAAGGCAGUUUUGGCCAAGUAGUAAAAGCGUUUGAUCAUGAAGAACAAACGCAAGUGGCAAUAAAAAUUAUCAAGAACAAAAAACCUUUUCUAAAUCAAGCGCAAAUCGAAGUGAGGCUAUUGGAAAUGAUGAACAGGGCGGAUACCGACAACAAAUAUUAUAUAGUUAAACUAAAAAGGCAUUUUAUGUGGCGAAAUCAUUUAUGUCUGGUAUUCGAACUGUUAUCAUAUAAUCUGUACGAUCUACUUAGAAAUACAAAUUUUCGAGGAGUGUCAUUGAACUUAACAAGGAAGUUUGCACAGCAACUGUGUACUGCCCUUUUGUUCCUGUCUACACCGGAAUUGAACAUCAUUCACUGUGAUCUGAAACCUGAAAACAUACUUUUGUGCAAUCCCAAACGAAGUGCGAUAAAAAUAGUAGAUUUUGGUAGUUCGUGUCAACUUGGACAAAGAAUAUAUCAGUAUAUUCAAUCCAGGUUUUAUCGAUCCCCUGAAGUCUUAUUAGGAAUACCUUAUGACCUUGCGAUAGACAUGUGGAGUCUAGGAUGUAUUUUAGUUGAAAUGCAUACGGGAGAACCUCUAUUCAGUGGGGCCAACGAGGUCGAUCAAAUGAAUAAAAUCGUAGAAGUAUUAGGAAUGCCACCGAAACAUAUAUUGGACCAAGCGCACAAGGCGCGGAAAUACUUUGACAAAGUCCCCACGGAUGGCUCGUAUGUGCUGAAAAAGUCAAAAGAUGGUAAAAAGUACAAACCUCCUGGUACGAGACGCUUACAUGAUAUCUUAGGUGUCGAAAGCGGAGGCCCUGGUGGUAGAAGGAUAGGCGAACCUGGUCAUUCAAUUUCUGAUUACCUCAAAUUUAAAGACUUGAUUCUGCGAAUGCUGGAUUUUGAUCCGAAAACAAGAGUGACGCCGUAUUAUGCACUUCAGCACAAUUUCUUUAAGCGAACAGCCGAUGAGGGGACCAACACGAAUAUUGCUGCUGCCAAUAGUGCUAACACGAGCCCGGCAGUAGUAUCGAUGAGCCAAGAUCAUGGACUGGUAACCAUGUCAGGACAGGGAAGCAACAACAAUGGCAAUCCGAUGCAAAUAUCAAGUCUCCCUGGUGGCUAUCAGCCUAUGGAGUGCGAUUCAUCGCCUCGUCAUUUAGGGAAUCGACGUGUCAUAACAACAAACUAUCCGUCAACUUCGACCACUGGGGUGUCUGCAUCCGGGCCGAUGUCCAUGCAAUCUGUAGACAGUUCUCUGAUACAAAGCUCUCUUGGAUCGUAUAAUAGCCUAAUUCUCCCUGGUAUAUCCCAUCUGCCUGCGAUGAUGACCUCACCAAUGAUUCAGCAGCAGAACUUUUACAAUUAUGGUUAUUCAACGACUGAUGCGCACGGAAUAGUCAGACAACCAUCGACAGUCUCAACCGGUAAACAAAGAGAUCCGGAAAGAGAAGAUAGUCCUAUGGUUGGAGUAUGCGUCCAGCAGAGUCCAGUUGCUAUUCACUGAAACGAAAAGAAAUAAAAACAGACGACGGUCGAUACGUAUUGUCGUCACGAUAGCGGUACCGUCAAAAAUAUAUAUUAGGUGAUUAUAUAUACUGUAUAUACAAAGUUCAUGAUGAUACCACAAAACCUGUUGUACUGUUUAUGAAAAGAAAAAAAAAAGGAGGGAAAUGAGAACGGAAAAUAGAAAAAGUCCUUCCCCGUUGCAUUGCUUUGCAUUUCAUCGUUUUGUUGUCUACAAAAAAUAUCGUGAAAUAAAAACAAUUAUAUUAAUAUUAACUGCAUAAACGUGUUGAAAAAAUACUAUAAUAAUUAGUAAGAAUUGCUUCAAUUUAAAAACUUAAAAAAAAAAAAAAAAAGAAACAUUUAAAAGACAGAAGUUAACUAGUCGUUUGACAAUUUCUCUGCUCGUUUAUAAAAAGAACAAGCUUUAUAUAUGAGCGGCUCUUUUAAAAGAAAAAAGAAAAAAAGAAUAAAGAUGAAAAAAUUAAAUUAAAUAAUAUAAUUACGAAGGAAUGCAAAGGAAAACAUAAGGGAAGCUUCUUUUUUUUCCAUUAUUUUUUCUUUCCCUUCUUAGUUUUUUUUUAUUUAUCUCUUAAGAAGCCGACUGGUCUUACAUUGGGCACGGAUUUACUACGUCCGGCACAGAAGCUUAUGAUACUUUGCUUAUGAGCACGGACAGACAAACAUGGUCUAGUGAGGAUGAACCCAGCUGGCCUCUCGGGUCCUGCCCGAUUCUGCAAACACUCCAAAUGCUUUAGUCGCAAACGUCGUUAACAAAUUUUGGCACCCAAAUUGUGUGGCCUAGAGAGCGAAAAAGUGAUAAUUACUAUUAUUAAAAAUGCAUUAACAAAAGAAAAAGUAAGAAUUACCAGUGUAAGCAUAUACUCCAAUAGAGUUUUAUACACAAUGUCACGAAUGUAAACGGUUUAGCAAGUAAUUGCUAGCAAACAGUCGCGUCAAAUGCUAGUUAUUUGUACAAUAUACAUAGAUAAAUGAUAAGAGUGCAGCUUUAGAAUUUAGCUUUUAAGUGUGAAAGGGGAGGACACUGACAUUGUAAACUCAACUCUUUUAUUUACUUUGAUGAAUAGAAAAGAGGACGUUGCAAACGUCAGUUUGUUACCGAUAAAGGACUUUAAACAAACGAGGUUUGCAUGAUUAAUUUAACAACAAUACAUAUUUAUACAGAAGACAGUAAUAAGAAAGUUAAAAUGCAGUAUACACGUAAGAUUGAUCAAGAUUGAUAUAAUCAUACAAAAACCUAGAUACUUUAUAAUAAAUGAUACGCGCGUACUCAUAUACAUAUGUUUCUAAUGGCAGUCGUAAUUGAUUUUUGCCGUUUCACUUUGAUAAUUGUAAUUGUUAUUUAUAUUAUAUUAAUAUAUCUUCGGCAUAAGUUUAUAACCGUUUUCUGGCAUUUUUUUUCAAGUUUCGAUAAUUAUAUAUCGAUCAAUAUAGUUCUUCUAAUAAACUUUUCGCAUCUUUUUUAUAUUUGGUUCUAGAGUACAAAACUUGGAACAUAAAUUUCCCAAUGCCAGAAUGCGAAAUAUUAAUAAAAAUAAAUAAAUUAUGUCAAUAACAGUAAGAUAAUAUGAACGAAACACGAUGAAUAAUAUACAUUUUCGAUACUUAUUAAUAACAUAUACUGCAACAAAUAAUUCUUGAGAUAAUUUGCAUGUUUCUAUUUUUUGUUGUGGCAUAUACAUAAAACAGAUUAAUUUUUAAAAUUAUUUUAUGAUAUUUUAUUGUCCAUUUUGUAUUAUUUUAUAUAAAUGAAAUAUAAAUUCAAACGAUACUUAAAUAUUUUAUUAUAUGCAAUAUGAUGUCAGCUUCUUAUUAGCUUAUUCGAAGCAUAUGAUGACAUAAUUUUAGCGUUGAUUGAUCAAAUUUUUAAUAUUCUGUUUUUAAUAACGCUUAUUGUGGGGAAAAAGGGAAUUUUUUCAUUUGUAAUAUUAUAAUUUACAUGAGCUCAACAAUUAAAAUGUGAAAACAUUAAGAAUAUUUUUAUGCAUUCUUUUCUAGAGGAAAAAUUUUGCUAUGUACCUCAAGAAAAUUUCAAAUUUGUAUUAAUUACCUUUAUUUUUCAUUAUACGAAUUAUGAAUGAGAAUGGAAUGUUUGAAUCGACGAGAAUUGCUUGUUUAGAUAAGCUGUUUAGAAUUUUGCAUUUUUUAAAUAUUUGCAAUGUGAAGAUUUACUGAUAGAUGUAAUGACUCGCAAAACGACAUUCGUUCGAAUUCAUAGAUUUCUAAACUUUCGAGUAAUGAAAAACUUAUAUAUUAAUAUUUUUACUUCGCCCUAAUAUAAUGACGAUCAUUGCUUAUGUUACGUUAAUUUUAAAAAAUAUAACGAAGUUUUGUUUUAAGUGGAAUAAAUGAGAAAUGACAAAUGCAAUUGUGUAAAUUCGAUCUAAAAUUAUAAUUACUAACAACCAUGAAAUUAUUAAAAUUCUUGUGUUGAUGAAAAACAGUUUGCCGUAAUGAUGUUAACUCGAUAACUUUAUAAAAAGAGUGUGAGAAAGAGAGAAUGAAAAAAAGAAAAUAAAAAAGUAUGAGAGAAAAGGAGUGAAAGAUAAAAAUAAAAAGAGAGAAUAAUUUUUCAAACAGAAAAUAUUGUUUGUUAAAUAUAAUCAUGAUUUUUUUAUGACAAAUUCUGACAUUUAGAUGAUCUUGUUGAACGGCAAAAAUCAGUACGCUCUAUAAACGUAGACAAAAUGUGUGAUAAACUCACGCAUGCCCUCUUCCGAAUUUUCGUUAUUAUGUAUUGUACUCAUUAGUCUUAUUUCUGUUUAUUUUUUUUUAUUUAUAUAUUUUGAUAUAGGAAAAAUUAAUUUUUAAUAAAAUCAUAGCAUGAAAAAUUGUAUUAUAAAACACAUUAUUUUUUUAGUUUUUUUUUUCUUUAAAAAGAAGCAAAAAAAAAAAUUAAAAAAGAAAUUGACUUUUGAAUACAAUACGAUUUUUUUCAAUGUUGAAGCAUUUUCUCAUCUAACUACAAUUAUUAAUUUUUCAUAAAAAAUUAAGAUUUAAAUUAUUUCUAAUUACUUUGACAGAAAAAUGAUUAAUUUUAUCCUAUCAUUUGUUAAUAAAUUUAUUAGUCACUUGGAAACAAAAUAAUAAUUAUUAUAUAAAAUUUUUAUUUAAAAUCCGUUCAAUAAUAAAAAGAAAGAGAAAAUGUUUUAAAUGCAAUUUUAUUAAUUACUAAUCUUAAAAAUACUCGGAAGAGCGGUGGUUGAUUAUUCGAAAAAAAAAGAAAUUGAUCAAAGAAAAAUAUAUGUCGAAUAAUAAAAAAAAUUAAAAAAUUUUUUGUUAAAAAGUGGAAUUCAUAUAUUAUAUAGCAAUAGAUUGAUUUUAAACGCGCCAAUUAAUUUUUCAUAUAAAAACUUUUUACACAGAGAAUACGUUUCAAAAUAUUUUCAUAUUUUUCCAUUCGUAAUGUAUACGUUUCUUAUAGUUUUUGUACCCUGAAGAAAUUUGUCCACUCAACAAUUGUCGCAAAAUGUAGAGUAUUUAUGCCAAUUAGCAAACAACAAAGUUGUAUACAUUUAAAUAGCAUAAGAACCGAUCACGAGAUUUGUGUUUCAAAUAAUUUCUCUUUACAUCGAUAAUACAAUAAUAAUAAUAUUGAAUGAAAUAUAUAACUUUGUUUUUGAUAUAUCAUUAAAGAUCCUUUAUAUAUCUUUUAUUAAUUAUUAUAUAUCUUCAUAAAUUUAUUUAAAAGAAAUAAAAACUUAUUAUUUUAUUUUUUUAUAUAUUAAAAAAAAUUAAAAUGAUCAUAAAAUUUAAAACUUACUUUUUGUUAUUUUUUUUAUUCAAGCAUAAAUUAUAAAAAUAAUUUGAAAAUCAUUUAAUGUAAUUUUUAAAUUAAAUUCUUUGAAACACAUUGUGACCGGAUUAAAAUACCAUAAGUUUCCUAACGUCAUGUGUAAAAACAUUGUGUUCAGAAAAUAUACUAUAAUACGACUGAUAUAUGCCCGUUAUGCAAAUUGCGAACAUCUGUCGAGAAGAAAUGAUAAAUACACAUCAAUCAUUUCAAUUUCUUGUUUGAUGAUCGUAUACGCUAACCCGCAUAAAAAUAUAAGGAAUGAAUACAGAAAAACUGAAUUAAGAAAAACCGAUUUAUUAAAAUGAAAAUUAACAAGCCUCCAUACAAGAUGAAGAAAAAGUUGUAUCUACCCUGUAAACAUUUUCAUAUUAUAUUAUAUUAUAUUACAUUAUAUUAUA